AUGACAUCUAGAGACUCUCUUUCGCCAGACUUGUCUGUGGCUGACAGGUUAGACGAUGAAAUCGCAAAGUUGAGGGCUCAAGUUGAAUCAUUAAAGAAUGAGUUGAGGCUACAAACGGCCACUUUACUUGCAUCCGACUCAACGCGACGCAUUCUCCAGGAUGACAACACCGACGUUCGUGGGCUUGAUGCGUCUGCCAGGUCUAGACUGUUGACCGAGUCGGACAAGCAAGUCGCCCAUCAGCGGCAGUCACUCUACAGAGCCUGCGCAUCUAUUACUGCAUUGAAGAUUCGUGACCCAGACCCGAAUGCCGUCGAUAAAGGAAAUGUUCUAGGUCUACGUUUCGAGGUCAUGUCCCGAUCAAGGUUCAUUCGCCCCUACUAUGUCAUGUUGAACCGCCCAUACGCAAAGUCGCAGCACUUGCGCAUCCAUCGUCAUACGGUACCGCCUUGCAUCGCCAUCUCUGGACUUGCGGCUCGACACUUGCCGGCCUCGAAAUUGGACAAGGACGGCCAGGAGACGCAUCAUCAAGACCUGCCACGUUUUGCCCGGGCACUUAGACGAGAGCUGGUGAGGUAUCAGAACCGUAUUACGACCAUAGGCGAUCUUAGAAAGGCAGCCGGUCUGGGAAAUAGCAGUACCAAGCGGCACGGGGACGAGGCAGUAGCCAUUACAGACAUUAGUGCCGUGGACGCAGAAGCCAAACAGGUCAGACUGGAGUGGGAGGAUGGCCGCGUCGGACGCCUGGUCAUGGAUGACGACGGCAAGAUUGCAAAGGUUGCUGUGCAGGCUGGGAACGAGAGGGACCGACGGAGAGUUCGGGAGCUGCUCGGCGGCAGCACUCAUAUUCAGGAUCUUGUCCGCCACCUCAAUCCUCAUCCAGAGAAGACGGAUCACAAGAGACGUGUUUAG